AUGGGCCGCAUCCACAAAGUGUAUCUGCCUGGGAACCGCAUCUAUUCUUGCGGCAACUGCCAUGCCCACUUGACCAACCACGAAGCUUUAAUCUCUACAUCCUUCCAAGGCAGAACAGGACGAGCCUAUCUUUUUGACAAGGUGGUCAACAUUUCUUUCGGGCCUUUGGAAGAUCGACUGAUGAAUACGGGAAUGCAUACGGUUCAAGACAUUUAUUGUAAUUGCUGCCAUGAAUACCUUGGGUGGAAGUACAAAGAAGCUUUCGAAGCAAGUCAAAAGUACAAAGAAGGAAAAUCACUGUUGAUGAAAGCCAGUAUGACGAAGGAGGACUGGGUUGUUACAAUAAUGUAA